AUGGGUGUCCGCAAUUAUACUAUUUCACAGCACCAUAGAGCCGUCGCUCCUACCGGUCGGAUUCAUCUUCCAGUCAAUGUAACAGGCAAUAUACCCAAUUAUAAACGCCUUAAUGAGUGGCCUGUUAUCAAGUCAUGUGAAAUCGCCCUAGGAAUACGCGAUGUAUCCCUUCAGCUCAAGAUCCCUCAUUACGACAUUGUCCCUUUCAAUCCAGCUCCCCCAUCGGCUGUUAUCUAUUCACACGCCAAUUUCAAGGCUUCUAUCCAUCCAGAGAAAGCCGGAAAUACUAAAGACUUCUAUGAGAGAUGCUUUUCCGAAGCCGCGGCAAUUAACCUGUUUUUCCCCGAUAUACGAUCGGAAGGCAUCCGCAUAUGCAUGACCGCGUGGCUGGCUGCAAACUGCGCGGCAGACGACAUACUUGAGGCCAUGCCACCAGCUGCUGCCAUGUUUGCUUUGAAGGAGGCAAUCCUGAAGCUCCAGGGGAAGAGAUCAGACGUCUCUCCGACAAACAAGGUGGCAUCAAUCCUUUGCUUCUUUCAAGAAUAUUGCAUCCAGCACCUUCGCCUAUGUGAAAACACCGCCCGCGAACUUAGUGGCGAUAUAUGCGAUAUGUGUUAUGGCUUGCUUGACGAGCUUCGAUUUCGGCAAGGCAUCUUGCCCAACAACCUGGAAACCUAUCUGCAGUUCCGCGGUAGGACGAUGGGGAUUCAUCCAUUUUUCACUCUGAUCCGAACACUACACGAACCAGUCAAAGAAGAAUAUCUCGCCGGCCUCCGAAAUCUCCAGGCGGGGGUUAGUUUAAUCCUAGGGCUACAGAACGACCUUGUAGGUCUAGAGAAAGAUCGUCGAAAUGGCGAGACCAUGAAUGCAGUCUUGGUGUCCCUAAAGGAACAAGCGGGGAUUGAUGUGGGUCACAUGAAUAUGAUAUUGCCAAGGACGUAUCAAGAUGUGUGCGAUAUCCACAAUCUUUGUGUCUCAGCUGCAGUGGAGAUGCACGAAGGGCUCCACGCCUCACUGAAUGGGGAUUCCCACGACCCAAUUCUGGAGACAGCAAUUCUGGCAUUUGCGGAUACCCAUCUGAAAUGGUGUGUGUCGUCUAAACGAUAUCAGGCAAAGGUAGAAUAG